AAUAGCUCGGCAGAGCGAGCCUUCAGAUCAGAAGCACAAGAUCCAAGGAGCGCAUUGAUAAAAGUGAUUUCCUCUUGGUUUCUGCUCUAGUGAUACUCCUACUUUAUCUCAGUUCUUGUCCCUGCAAAGUGUGCUGGUUCAGUUCUGUUCACUCGAACGGGGUGCUACUACUCACCAUGGCCAGCAACAGCAAAGCCACCACCGCCGGGUCGAAGGUGCCACAGCCGCCGCCGUCGCAGGGGAAGCUCAUCACGGUGCUGAGCAUCGACGGCGGCGGCAUCCGAGGGCUCAUCCCAGCCACCAUCAUCGCCUGCCUCGAGGCCAAGCUCCAGGAGCUGGACGGGCCGGACGCGCGGAUCGCGGAUUACUUCGACGUGAUCGCCGGGACGAGCACCGGCGCGCUGGUCACGUCGAUGCUGGCGGCGCCGGGCGAGAACAAGCGGCCGCUCUUCGCCGCCAAGGACAUCAACCAGUUCUACCUCGAGAACGGCCCCAAGAUCUUCCCACAGAGAAAGUACGUACGCACUCGCUUCUCUGCCGAUUGCUUCUUGUCUCGCUUGGCGCUGCAACGACGUUGUUGCUCCUGCAGGGCGGGGUGGCUGACGCCGUUGUUGAACCUGAUCGGCACAAUGAGAGGGCCCAAGUACGACGGCGUGUUCCUGCACGACAAGAUCAAGAGCCUCACCCACGACGUGAAGGUGGCGGACACGGUGACCAACAUCGUCGUGCCGGCGUUCGACGUGAAGUACCUCCAGCCCAUCAUCUUCUCCACGUACGAGGCCAAGAACGACCCCCUCAAGAACGCGCACCUGUCCGACAUCUGCAUCAGCACGGCGGCGGCGCCCACCUACUUCCCGGCGCACUUCUUUACAACCCAUGGCCCCGGCGGGAAGUCCAGGGAGUUCCACCUCGUCGACGGAGGUGUCGCGGCCAACAACCCAACCAUGAUUGCCAUGUCCAUGCUCACCAAGGAGGUGCUCCGCCGGAACCCGGACUUCAACCCCGGGAAGCCGACGGAGUACCAGAACUACCUCAUCAUCUCCAUUGGAACUGGGUCGGCCAAGCUGGCGGAGAAGUACACCGCGCCGCAGUGCGCCAAGUGGGGCCUCAUCCAGUGGCUCUACGAAGGUGGCUUCACCCCGAUCAUCGACAUCUUCUCUCAUGCCAGCGCCGACAUGGUCGACAUCCAUGCUGCAGUGCUCUUCGAGGCUCUCCGAUGUGAGACGAACUACCUCCGCAUCCAGGAUGAUUCGUUGACGGGGGACACGUCGUCGGUGGACGUCGCGACGAAGGAGAACAUGGAGGCGCUGAUCGGUAUCGGCAAGGAGCUUCUCAAGAAGCCGGUGGCGAGAGUGAACAUCGACACGGGGAUGUAUGUGGCCGUCAAGGACGAGGGCACCAACGAGGACGCGCUCGCGCGCUUCGCGAAGAUGCUCUCCGAAGAGCGGAGGCUACGCCAUAUCAACCUCAACUCCUACUGAACUUCCAAUAAUUAAAUUGUGCGCAGAGAAGUGGCAAAGGAAGAGCCAUGUUUGGCUGUGUGCAUCUGAGCUGUGCGAAGAUCAAGAAUGAACUCUUAUACAGAUGUAAUUUCUUGAUGUAACGUUGUAAUGUUGAGAGUCAAUAAAUCUUCCAUUAUCGAAAAAUAAGAAGAGUUAUAACA